CCACAGUAUCAAUUUUGUAAUUUUUUUCCGAAGUUUCAGAAUGGAUGUGGACGCCAGCCUGAGAGUUGUUGGCUUAGUGGGUCGCGUGCAAAUCGCCAACUUUGUGAUCUUUGGGAUGGGCCUUUCUUUAUCGGCCAUACAGCUUACAGGCAUCGCUUUUACCGUCGACCAGUCUGUAGCGCAUCACUGUAAGCCAGCGCCGGGAUCUUUGGCAAAUGAAACUAUGGUUUACGUCGAAAAAGAUGGUCGCGAAGUACCGGACGGCUGUUACAUGUACGAUGUCGACAACGGAACAUUUCCUGAGGACACAACGAUUUGCAAGUACGGCUGGGAAUAUGCUCCAGAAUAUGGAGAAAAGAGUGCAACGACGGAUUUUGACCUUGUCUGCGACCGUGGCUAUCUGGCUAAUCUACUGAUGUCAUGUCACUUUGCUGGUUUCCUUGUCGGUGGUUUUAUCACUGGCCAAGCUGCGGACAUGUUCGGUCGACGCGUGGUCAGCAUGGCUACCUUGCUUCUGAUGAGUGUGCUGGGCACAGCCAUCAGCUUCACGUGGAACUUGAAGCUCCUGAUGGCCCUGAGAUUCAUCUUGGGUGUGGUAAUACCGGGAAAUUCUUUGGUUGGUUACAUCCGAGCGGUAGAGAUGUUCACACCCAAGAAGAGAUUACUGGGUCACGUCUUCAUCCAGCAUUUCUGGAGCUUUGGUGUCAUUCUCGUCGCACCUUUGGCGUACUUGUUCCCCAACUGGCGUUACUUCCAACUUUUCACCUCAUUGAUAUGCCUACCAGUCCAUGUCAUUAUGUGGUUCUUCACGUACGAGUCAUUACGCUGGUUGGUUCAGAAAGGCUGGUUUGAAAAGGCAGAUGCAAUUCUCCGGAAAAUCGCCAAAUCGAAGAACAUCAAGCACAACGGAAGCUUCCUCAUACAGCGGGAACUGGAAGCUGUGCGCCUGGUGGGGAAGAUGGAGUUGUCCGAGAAAUCAAACCACGAUCGAGCGAGUGACCUCCAGCACGAGAGUGUCACUGCGGACGUGGAAGAAAACAAUCAAGAACCGAUGAACAAAGAGAAGAUGGAAUCCUUUACCCAGCCAGAUGAAAACGGGCAGACGCAAUCGAAGAAGAAAAAGAAAUACACCGUGCUCGACCUCUUCAAGACAAAAGUUCUCAUCAAACACACCUGCAUCGUUUUCUGUCUGUGGUAUGUCAUGAAUACAACUUAUAAUGGCUUCAUCGUGUAUGCGACCAGUCUGGCAGGCAACAAAUACCUGAACUUCUUCCUAUUGGCUCUCGCAGAGACACCAGCCUACUCUACUGACUUUUUCAUCGUUAGAAGAUUCGGUAGGAAAAGACCUCUUAUCGUGUUCUUCUUUACCGGCGCAGUGGCCUGUCUGCUGAUUGCUUUUCUACCCUCUAAAACAGCCAAUGGAACAGAUUUUACAGUAAUUAUCGUGAUAGUGGCUAUGAUCGGUAAAUUCUAUGCCAACGCGACCUAUGAGGUGACAAUGCUGAUGGGUGCAGAGAUCUUCCCCACAAUGCUACGAAACAUUGCAACAGGCAGCGCGUCUACGGUUGGAGGGAUCAGUGGCAUCAUCGCACCAUUCAUUGUGUAUCUACAAGAAGUCAGAAGCUUUCUUCCCAUGCUCGUGAUUGGUUGUAUGUCGCUGGUAGCCUGCAGCCUUGUGUUCAUGCUGCCAGAGACCAAGAACAAACCGCUCCCGGAGACAUAUGAAGACGCCAGCAAGUUAUCAAAGGACUGAGGUCAUAUGAAAAUACCGCAAUGAAAUACAUGCAAUUCAAAUUAUCGCUUGUUUUAUUGCCAGAAAUCCCCGUCAUUUUUAAAAAGAUGGAGAUCUUACGAUUGAGGCGAUACUGUAACAAAUUUAGCAAAUUAUUUGAUGUUAUAAUGUAAUUGAGUCACGACGUUCAACGUUGGUACAUUAUGUACAGGAUAUCACCAGUGCGAAAAGAACUGCAACAUUUUAACUUUAAAAAGUGCCAUAAAGUGUACUCACAAACGACAAAUAAAAAGUAAAACUUUGAUAAUUGCGUGAAAACAACAGCAUCAUUAUUUAAACGAUUUCAAACAAGGACUUAUUCCUCACGAUAAUAAAAAUCAUUUGAACCUGUUAAAAAAUAUCAAAAUGUCUUCAUCAGACAUUUAGGAAUGGCAUUUGUUCAGGGAUGCCGACAGCUUUGUCAUUUAGAAAAAUUCAAAUAAUCUUCAGUGCGCCCUCAAGUUGAAUUGUGCUCAAAUUUCACAUUAGAAAGAUACCACACUAUAUUAUGGAGUUUUGAUUCACGCUUAAAAAGGGGCUUUACGGGAAUGACAACUUAACUGUAUUUAUGGCUUACAGCAGUCCAAGUUGAUGUAUUAUCUUUCAUUUUUCUUAUACUAGUGUUUUUGAGUGUUUACUAAUAAUAAUGGUGUUUAUCACUAGAAUUGUAAUCAUUGUUUGAAAUCUUCUGUUGUAUAGGGAGGCUUUGGUUCAUACAUGCACAAUUAUAAACAUAAAACUGUAUGCAGCGAGUUAUUUAAUAAAGAUGAUUGUUUUAUCAUUUACUGGAAACGCGUCUUGUAGAAAA